AUGCUGCUGCUGCUGCUCCUGCUGCUAGGCCUGCUGGCCCCCCCCGCCCUGCCGGGCUGCAGUGAGGCCGAGGUUGACCGGCAGCUUGUCCUGGCCAAGAUCCGGGCCCAGGUCCUGGAGCACCUGAGCCCAGCGGCCCCGGGAGGCAGGGCCCAGAAGGAGCGGAGGGAGGUGCGUCGGCGGCAUGCCCUGGGGACCCUGCCUCUCCGGCCACAGGACCAAGAGGACACCUCCCAGGUGAUCCUCUUCCCCUCCACAGAUGUGCCAUGUGAGCCUCUGCAGCCGGCCGCGCUCCUGGAGGAUGAGGGAGUCUUCACCUACCUCUUCCAGCCGUCACCGCACACGCUAACCCGCAUGGUGACCUCUGCCCAGCUCUGGUUCCACACGGGCAGUGCCGCCACGGUCCCGCCAGGCCCCUCUGCCACCCCCAACUGCUCGACCGCUGGCACUGACGUGCUGAUCCUGUCGCCGCAGGGCCAGGUGGCCGUGGGGGCUGCGGUGGUGCCGGCGCCCGAGCACUGGACCGUGUUCCAGUUCGCACCCCCAUUCCUGCGCUACAUCUCGCAGCGGCUCUUCGUGCUGCUGGUGCGCUGCCCGCACUGCCCCUGCGUGGCUGACGCCGACAAGAUGCCCUUCCUCGUGGCCACCACCCGGCCCCGAGGGGCUGACCGAGCCCGGCGCUCCUCGGUGCCCUGGUCCCCCGCUGCCCUCAACCUGCUGCAGCGCCCGUCAGAGGACGUGGCUGCCCAUGCCAACUGCCACCGCGCCGCCCUUAACAUCUCAUUCGAGGAGCUGGGCUGGGACAAGUGGAUUGUGCACCCCAGCUCCUUCCUCUUUCACUACUGCCACGGCAGCUGCUCCGACGCUCAUGCCCUCACCCACAAGCUGGGCUUCCGCCUCUGCUGCGCCGCCCUGCCAGGCACCAUGCGGCCCCUGCGUGUGCGCACCACCUCCGACGGCGGCUACUCCUUCAAGUACGAGACCGUGCCCAACAUCCUGGCCCAGGACUGCGCCUGCAUCUAGCGCUGCGCAGGCCUGCCGGCUCCCCGAGCCCUGCCACGUGGAGCCACAGCGCAGGCGCCUUGUCACUGCCCGACAGCCUCAAGCAACACCCGCAGCUGGCUGGCACCGUAUCCUCCCUGCGCGCAGCUCGGCCGGCAGCUCCCUCGAUCCACUCGUUGGCUGCGGACGUGGCUCCCCGCUUCUGGCCACCUUGCCUGCCUCUUGUCCGUGUGUCGGUCUGUCCCUCCAGAUACACUCGUGGCAGCGAGCUCCCACUGGCACUGGGCAGGUCGGAGCCUGACUCUGCUCCAGCCUGGAUUGGGGGAUGCCCGAGCUUGAUGGGACAGGCCAGAAACACCAGUAGUGGGGCAGUGUCAGCCCCGCCACUCCCAGCUCUGACGCCCCGCGCCCUAGCCCCAGCAGUGCCAGCAUCCCCGGCCCCCAGCCCUGGGCAGAGCAGCAAGGGUUUCACCUCGCUCAGCACUGGUGCCAGGCUGGGCACCGGGCAGGAGGUACCCCGUGGCCCUGCCGGGCUCUGCUGUGCAGAGGAACUGGCUCCAAGCUGACCCGGGCCUGGGUGCUCUGAGCAGGGUCCCGUGCAGGCCAGCCCGGGGCAGUGAUCUCUGCCAGGGGAGCCCCACAGCCCAGCCCCACACGUUGCUGCCUCAGCAGAGCUGCAGGAAGCAGGAGUCAGCAAGGAAGUCACAGGCAUGCACACAAGGGAAGCAGACAGGCGCUGGGCGGGGGGGCCAGUCCAGCCCUGCUAGCAGCCCUGCGGGGCACAGCUUGGCGCUGACCCAUCCAGGGCACAGCGGGGCCCUCAGCAACACGGGCGCCCCUUGGUCCCCGCAAGGGGGUGGGCUCCCCGCGGAGAAUCAUCCCCCCUGCAGAAAUGGGGGCCAGAGCGAGGCCCAGGUGAAAAGGGGUGGUGGCGCUGGAAGGUCGCAGGGAGUGGCGGAGAGCACCGGCACGGGGGGAGCAGGGGCCGGGUGCGCCGCGGGCAGGGGAGCAGAACCUGUUCCACCGCCACCUGCUUGCGCGCAGAGCAAAUAAACCCUUUUUUUUU